AUAACAGAGUAUCCAGAGCCAGCAAAGAGAAAGAAGCGUAGUGGUUUCGCUUUUUUCCUCCGGUGGGCAGGCUGUUCCAAAAACCCUGUCAAAGUGUUUGUUUCGUUCAAUUCGCUGGAACCUACAGCUAUGCUGUGAUAUCAUCAUCAAUACCCGCUUUCGAAUAUCAUCGAUUCAUUCCAUUGGAGUUCAGGCACAGAUUGAGUGACAUCCGUAGUGUGAAGAAUCAGAUCAGAAUAAUUGAUGGGUAAUAUAUUCGUGAAGAAGCCUAAGGUAACAGAUGUCGAUAAAGCAAUCCUCGCACUCAAGACCCAGAGACGCAAACUCGCCCAAUAUCAACAGAAGCUUGAUGCUGUUAUUGAAGCAGAAAAGCAAGCUGCACGAGAUUUGAUUCGUGAGAAGAAGAAGGACAGGGCCUUGUUAGCACUAAAGAAAAAAAAGGCACAAGAAGAAUUGUUGAAGCAAGUUGAUGCUUGGCUUCUAAAUGUUGAACAACAAUUAGCAGAUAUUGAACUGGCAAGCAAGCAGAAGGCUGUGUUUGAAAGUUUGAAGUCUGGUAAUGAUGCACUGAAAGCCAUACAAAGUGAGAUAAACAUUGAAGAUGUUCAGAAACUUAUGGAUGACACUGCUGAAGCUAAAGCUUAUCAAGAUGAAAUUAAUGCGGUAUUGGGGGAGAAGUUAUCCGCAGAAGACGAGGAGGAGAUUUUAGCAGAAUUUGAGGACUUGGAAACCCAGCUUACAGUCCACGAUCUUCCUGAAGUUCCCUCCUCAACACAUGAAGAAAUCGAAGAAAAGUUGGACCUUCCUGAUGUCCCGACCAAAGCCCCAGUUACCAGUGAUGCUGAAGUAUCUACAAAAAGAAAAGUUAUGGAGGAACCAUUGGCAGCUUGAAGAACAUUGCGACCCAAAACAUGUCAAUUGCUUUGCGAACCACAGCCUACAAUCUGACCUUGUGUCUGCCUGUAUCCUUACAAAUUCUAUUGCAAAAUUCGUGCAGUUACUGCAGUUUGAUUGGUUUUUCUAUUUUGCAGUGACAUUUAAUUUGUACAGAUUUGCAUGUAUAAUAUACAUCAGUUUUAACGAGAAUUAUAUACUGAGGAAAUGCACCCCGCCCCCCUCUUCCACUUUUCAA